AUGGCGAUCGCGAAGCAAGAUGUUGUGGCAACCAUGAACUACUACGAUGACCCGGGCGACGGUACCCCGCCAACACCCGUCAUUGCUGGGGCCAAGACCGUGGUCAAUGAGCGGCCUGUAGUUGGCCAUGAGGUCAACAUCCGGGAUAUAACGGGUGACGAGGACAAAUACCGCCUCGAGACGCACGGGUUCGAGUUUCGGCGGCAUAAGAGCGCCAAGCUAGAUUUCAAGAAUGAGGAGGAGCUUAAACAUGGCUACUUCGAGGAGAUGGAGCGAUUGAUCAAGGACGCGACUGGAGCUAGUAGGGUUGUUAUUUUCAACCACCGAGUCCGCCGCGGUCCCGCUGACUGGCACCGUAUCGGCGAGAAUAACACGGCCCAUCGCGGACCUCUCCACAGAGUCCACGUUGACCAAUCCUACGACGGCGCUGCAGUCGUCCUUCGCUGGAAUCUUUCGAUGGCCGAUGCGGAGCCCUAUCUACGCGGCGACGCACGAUACCAAAUUGUCAACGUAUGGAGGCCCCUCGAAGCAGUAGAGCAGGAUCCGCUAGCGUUGGCCGAGGCGGGCUCCAUUGCGGAGCGGGACCUCGUCGGCGCGGCUAUAAGUCCCCACUCCGCCUUCAAGCUGCCGGGCCAGCGAAAGGAGGGCUCGAGACAGAGUAUAGAAGUUCGAGCCCUCGUGUUGUUUGAUACUUGA